AUGGGAGGAAACCACACACAGCCCACAUUCAUCCUCUUGGGAAUUGCAGGCAGCCUGGGUGUGCAGGCCCCUCUGUUUGGGCUGUUUCUCUUGAUUUACCUUGUCACUCUGGUGGGGAACGUUGGGCUGAUGGUCCUGGUUUGGGUUAUUCCCAGGCUCCACACCCCCAUGUACUUCUUCCUCAGCCAUUUCUCGUUGGCUGAUGUCUGCUAUUCCAGCGUCGUCUCCCCCAGAAUGCUCAGGGACCUGUUGUUGGGGCAUAAAGCCAUUUCCUGGGCUGGCUGUGUGGCACAGUUCCACAUCUUUGCUUUCUUUGUCACGGCCGAGUGUCACCUCCUGGCCGUGAUGGCCUAUGACCGCCACGUUGCCAUCUGCCACCCCUUGCUUUACGUCACCGUCAUCUCCAGCCGCGUCUGCUGGCAGCUGGUGGCAUGGUCCUACCUCAUCGCCUUCCUCAGCGCCAUCAUCUACACCAGCUGCACAUUUGGGGGCUCAUUCUGUGGACCCUACCAGAUCGACCACUUCUUCUGCGACGUCAGCCCCGUGCUGAAACUCGUGUGCUCCGACACCCACAGCAGUGAGAUGGUUAUCUUUGUCUUUGCCACCAUCAAUGGGGUGAGCACCAGCCUGGUCAUUCUGCUCUCCUACAUCUGCAUCCUCCGCACAGUGCUGAGGAUGAGCUCGGCACCGAGCAGGGCCAGAGCCUUCCACACCUGUGCCUCCCAUCUCUUGUCUGUGUCCUUGUUCUAUGGGACGUUGUUCUUCAUGUACCUGCAGCCUGCAUCCAGGCACAGCAGCCUGGACAAGGUGGCCUCUGUCUUCUACACCGUGGUCACCCCCAUGCUCAACCCUUUCAUCUACAGCCUGAGGAACAAGGAGGUGAAGGGAGCGCUGGGGAAGUGCAGGAGGAGGAUGUUAAACCGCUGUCAGUGUAAAAGGGAUGUAUCAACUCAUGGCAUCAAAGAACCCUGA